CCGGAUCCUUCCUCAACCCAAUAGCUCCCCCGCGGAACACUCAAAUAAAUUCCAAAAAACUUCUAAAUCCCUAAUUCAUCAACCAAAAACCCUAUUAAUUGAACAAUUCAAAGAUAUAAUUAAUAGCAAUGGCGUCAGAGAAGAAAGAAUCGGAGGCAAUCGCUCUGCUAUCUAUCUACGGCGACGAGGAUGAUGAUAUGGAAGAAGAAGAAGAAGAAGAAUACCGACCUGAAUCCCAAAACGUCUCCGUUUCAAAUGAUCGAAUCGAAAUUUCUUCAGAACCUGUUAUAGACGUUCCUGCAAAAGAAGAACAAAAAGGAGAAACAGAUCUGUUGGAGAAAUGGCUGCCUCCUCCACCAAAGGAGAAGUGUUCAGACGAAUUGCAAGAAAAGAUUAUUAAAUUACUUGCUCUAAAGAAGACUACUGGCACAAGCUUUAAUGCAGAAUUACGCAACAAAAAGGAGUAUCGGAAUCCAGAUUUGUUGCUGCAUACAGUGAAAUCUCAAGAAACUGAGCCGAUAGGAUCUCGCUUCGAUAAAGCCGUAUUUGAUCCGCAUGGAUAUGAUAAAACUGACUUCUACGAUGCAAUAUGAAAGUCAUUGGAAGAAUUUUCAAUACAAAAAUUGGGCAGAAUAAUUUUAUUAGUCUUCUUUUUGCCCUUAAGAAAAUCCCUUCAAGCUAGUAAUAGAUGAUAUAACGUUUAUUAAUUGCUUUGAAAAAUAUGAGAUUUUCUUCUUCUUCUUCUUCUUCUUCUUAUGA